AUGGCAGUCGUCAAUUCCUCCGGCUUCUCGGAACUGCCCGCUCCGCCUGUGUCCCAGGUCAGCUUCGAAAGCUCCGCCCACGCCUUGUCUCAGCAGGUUCGUCACCUUACCCAGUUGGUCGCAAACCUUUUAUGCCGACCAAGAUCAUCAACUUCCUGCCGCGCUGACCAUCGCGCAGACUCCCCAUCGGUUCCUGCGCGUUCCUGCUCCCGAACCUCCAGCAGACUUUGUCACUACCACCACCGUUUCGGCGCCGAUGCACGACGCUGCCUCCUACCUUGCUCGUGGUCGCGACAGCCGAAAACCCUUUCCACGACAAGCGCGCCCGAGUCCACCAGCAGCCGCCUUUUCCACAUCGUUGACCGUACCACCGGGAUGCGCUUCCUCGUUGAUACGGGCGCGGAAGUAAGCGUCAUACCCGCCGACAAAUUUUCACGCCGACCCCGACAGCAGUGCUUCAGCCUAAGAGCCGCCAACGCCUCUACCAUACCCGUUUACGGCCAACGGUCUCUAACCCUCAACAUCGGGCUCCGAAGAGAUUUUAAGUGGCUUUUUCUUGUCGCCGACGUCACCCAAGCAAUCCUCGGAGCAGACUUUCUCAACAGUUUCAAGCUGCUCGUCGACGUCAACGGCAGGCGCCUCAUUGAUCGCUCAACGUCCCUGUCAGUCUGCGGCCUUAACCUCCCUGCACCACCAUCCCGCGUACUAUCUUGCACUGCGCCGGACGUCCCCUUCGCCUCUAUACUGAAGGAUUUCCCUGCGUUGACUCAGCCACCCGACUGGACGAAACCCGUACAACACGACGUUGUUCACCACGUUUCCACCCGUGGCCCACCAGUUCACUUCCGCCCGCGGCGCCUCGCACCCGAAAAGUUCCGCGUGGCAAAGGCAGAAUUUGACCACAUGCUUGAACUUGGUAUCAUCAGGCCAUCAUCCAGUACGUGGGCUUCGCCGCUGCACAUGGUGCCAAAGAAGACCGGGGACUGGCGCCCGUGCGGCGACUAUCGCGCAUUGAACAAAAGGUUCAUCGACAACAUCAUUCGCGGAUUACCAUUUGUCUACGCGUACAUGGAUGACCUCCUCGUCGCAAGCCGCUCCCCAGCAGAGCACGAACAUCAUCUUCGGGCACUCUUUACCCGCUUACAACAGAGCGGCAUCAUUAUCAACGCCGCUAAGAGCGAAUUCGGAGUCGGAGAACUCGACUUCCUUGGCCACCAUGUCAACAGCCAGGGCAUCAUGCCUUUACCGUCCCGAGUCGCUGCCAUUCAAGACUUCCCGCAGCCCGUUUCCGUGACCAAACUACGACAAUUCUUGGGGCCAGUGAAUUUUUAUAGGCGCUUUGUGCCAUCAUGCGCAGCCAAACUGAGUCCCCUCGAGGCUCUGCUCUGCACCAAGCGCUCGAAACACUCUGUGCUGGUUUGGACCCCUGAAGCGGCAGCUGCCUUCCAGGCAAUCAAACAGGCAAUCGUUUCGUCGUCCCUUCUAUUUCAUCCUCAACACGACGCCCCAACGUCCAUCAUGGUCGAUGCAUCCAGCACAGCUGUCGGCGCCGUCCUCCAACAACGUAUCUCUGGCGCUUGGCGCCCUCUAGCAUUCUUUUCACGCAAGAUGAAGCCCCUGGAGACUCGCUACAGUGCCUUCGGUCGCGAGCUCCUGGCCAUAUAUCUCACCGUCAAGCACUUUCGCCAUUUCUUGGAGGGCCGACAAUUCACUGUAUUCACCGAUCAUAAGCCCCUCGUCUACGCAUUUUCUUCAUGCAGCACAAGCUACACCCCUCGUGAGACCCGCCACCUCGCAUUCAUCUCGGAGUUCACCACAGACGUUCAGCACAUCAGUGGUGCAGAUAAUGUGGUGGCGGACGCUCUCAGUCGCGUCAACUUCAUUGGGACAACCUGUCAGUCUUCGCUCCUCGACGCACUGGCUCAGGCCCAAUCAUCCGAUCAAGAACUCGCAUCUUUCAGAAGUGACCCUUCGUCUUCCUUAACCAUAGACGAUGUCGACCUGCCAGGCGCUACACAGCCUGUCGCGUGCGACACGUCACAAGGUCGACCCCGCCCAUUUGUUCCGGCGGCACUUCGACGAGAAGUCUUCUCGACCUAA